AUGCAAGGAUGCUGGCUCUCGCAGGACGCCACUGGACGAGGACCGCAUUCAAAUGCCGCAGCAAUGCAACGACAGCCGAGGGACUCGAAACCCACCAAUCCACCAUCUCACUACACUUCAAAAAAUUAAUGGGUUAAAUUGAAAUUUCAUGCUUUGCUGGCUUUGGAUCUCGUUGUCAGGGCUUGGAAUAGGUCAGGUUGGCAAUGGUCUCGGUCCUUGGAACCAUCCUUGAAACGAAUGCAUAUUUAUAGUAAUGCGGCCAGGUCAGGUUAA